AUCUUCGCUUACAACAAGCUAACUGUACCAAAAUGGACGCUCCGCCAGCGCCGUCGGCUUUUGCAAUCCUUAAAUCCCCUAAAACCUUAUGCAGCCAGUUCGAAUCAAGUGUUGUAACAGCAUUUCCUGAGGGUGCCGCAGUUAGAGAUCUGCCUCUCGCCGUAUGGAGAAAUAAGCGAUAUGUCUUAGAGGAAUCCUUGUCUCGGAAAGGCUCUAAAGGCAGGAAGAGCUGGAUUAAACAGCAUGGGCUCUUCGUCGUUGAGCUUGACGCCAGCGACACUCCGUUAGCUGGUUACUGGGUUUGUCAUCUUUGCGAUGCAAAGAGUCAGCCAGUAUUCUUCGCAGCAAGCGCGACCACAUCUGCUGCCGAUCACCUUCGCAAAAUGCAUAGGAUCUUUGAAGGUAGUCCUACUACGGAAAGCGACCCAUCGACUGACGACUCUGAUCGAGCUAAAUGACCUCGUUUACACUAUAGUGCUGUGCCGAAAGCCAAGAUCAACGCCGUACGUGAGCUUGGUGUGGGACUCAUUGUCAAUGCAGAUUUACCAUUUUCUGUCUUCACAAACCCGUACUUUGAGCAGCUUCUCUGGCAACUCGAUCCACAAGUCGCUGAUCAGGUGCCAUGGAGCAGACAAUCGAUGAGUCGCCAACUAUACAACAUCUACGACACCAAGAAGCGUAUUAUCCAACAAGAGCUCUAUGACGCAGUCACGAAAAUCCAUUUAGGAU